CAAACAAUGAAGCCAAGUUUCAGCUGUCUCUGCUUCUUCUUCCUCCUCUGUUUAUUACAAUGCGGAGCUUCUGGUACAAGGCAGCAGGGAGAUGCUUUGAACAAGUUCUACUUUAACAACAGAGCAGGGAGGUUUUCUUCUUCAUGGCCUAGCAGUCUCCUUUUGGUAUCCAACCUGGAGUCGAAGGUCUACGACAAUAGCAGGCUGAAGGAGGGCGACAAGGUCGUUCGGCUGCCUGGGCAACCGGCCGACCUGCAUUUCGAUCAGUACGCGGGGUAUGUCACCGUCGACAAACCCAACGGUCGGGCUCUGUUUUACUACUUCGCCGAGGCUGCCGAGAACAGCGGGUCGAAGCCUCUUGUGCUCUGGCUCAAUGGAGGGCCGGGUUGUUCGUCGCUGGGGUACGGCGCCAUGGAGGAGCUCGGGCCGUUUCGAGUGAUGAGCGAUGGCAAGACUCUGUACAGGAAUCCCUACGCUUGGAACGAAGUGGCGAACGUCUUGUUCCUCGAGAGCCCCGCCGGCGUCGGCUUCUCCUACUCCAACACCACGUCGGACUACGCCAAGAGCGGCGACCGUAGGACGGCGAUCGAUGCGCUGAUUUUCCUCGUCAACUGGUUCGAGCGGUUCCCGGAGUAUAAGGGGAGGGACUUCUUCAUCACCGGCGAGAGCUACGCCGGGCACUACGUCCCCCAGCUCGCCCAUGCCAUACUCCAUCAUAAAGAUCGCCUCAUCAACCUCAAAGGCAUCGCGAUCGGGAACGCAGUGAUCAACGAGGAGACGGAUAGGAAGGGGCUGUUCGACUACUUCUGGACGCACGCGUUGAUUGCCGACGAGACCAUCGGUUCCCGGAGGAUAUGGUCUGUAGCCAAGUUAAUUGUAAAAAAUCAUAGAACUAGCAGAUUCGAUCUUGUUCUAUUUUUCAAAAUAUGGAGAUCCCUUCUUGCCUACCAAUUGUUAUGUCUAUAUCCUGAAAUGAUUUUUUUUUUUCAAAUUAUGAUACAGAUUGAGAAUUUUGAUCCUUGUACUUCUAAUUACGUGGAGGCAUACCUUAAUAAUCCUGCGGUACAGAAAGCUCUACAUGCCAAUGUGACAAAGCUCAACUACACCUGGUCUAGUUGUAGCCAAGUGAUACCAAGUUGGUCGGAUCAACCUUCCACAAUGUUGCCAAUUAUUCACGAAUUGUUAUCCAAUGGGAUUAGGGUUUUGAAGUACAGUGGUGACUUUGAUGGAAGAGUUCCUAUUACUUCCACAAGAUACUCCCUCAAUAAGCUAAAGCUUAAAGUGAAAGCUUCAUGGAGAGCUUGGAUGCUUAACAGUGAGGUCGGGGGAUACACUGUAGUGUAUGAUCAUAAUUUGACAUUUGCCACUAUUCGAGGAGCCGGGCAUGAGGUUCCAAGUUAUCAACCAGCUCGAGCUCUGGAGAUGAUCAAGAGUUUUUUUCAAGGGCUGCAUCUCCCGGUUGUUUAAGGGUUUCAACAGAGAAUCAAUCUAUUUGUUGUUGUUGUUGUUCAUUGUGAUCUUAAUAGUUGAAUGAAAUCUAAUCUAUGCUUUUUUUAAAUAUUAUCUCUGGCUCAAGUUAUCAUGAUUUGACUUCAAUUAAUAAUUUAGAAAUUUCUUAUUAA